GCCGCCGGGGGCGCCGCGCGCUAGGCCGGAACCGUCGCGGCGGAGCGCCAUGGCCUCCCGGGGCCCCCCCGACCUGCCGGACUUCGGCCUGCUGAAGCGUUUGGCGCGGGACCAGCUGGUCUACCUCCUCGAGCAGCUGCCCGGCAAGAAGGACCUUUUCCUGGAGGCCGACCUGAUGAGCCCGCUGGACCGCAUCGCCAACGUCUCCAUCCUGAAGCAGCACGACGUGCACAAGCUCUACAAGCUGGAGAAGAAACCGGCGCACAGUUCCAGUGACCAGUUAUGCUUCCUGCUCCGUCCACGCCUUGCAAGUGUCCGGCUGGUGGCGGAAUUGAUCAACUCUGACAAAGCGGUGGGUCGGAUGCGCAAGUACAAGAUCAUCUUCAGCCCACAGAAGUUCUACACUUGUGAGUUGGUGUUGGAGGAGGAAGGGAUCUAUGGUGAUGUGACCUGGGAUGAGUGGUCCUUCUCCCUCCUCCCUCUGGAUAAUGACAUCAUCAGCAUGGAGCUACCCGAGUUCUUCCGAGAUUAUUUUCUGGAAGCAGACCAGCAGUGGAUCAACACAGUGGCCCAAGCUUUACAGCUGAUGAACUCUCUCUUUGGCCCAUUCACUGAGACUUAUGGAAUUGGGCGGUGUGCCAAGAUGGUCCAUGAGCUUUGGCGUGACAUAGCGGAAGAGAGCGAAGUUGACAACAUGGAUCGGAAGCCAGAGAUUGGCCAUGUCUUCCUUAUAGACAGAGAUGUGGAUUAUGUUACAGCCCUUUGUUCUCAGGUGAUCUAUGAAGGCCUGGUGGAUGAUACUUUCCGUAUAAAAUGUGGAAGUGUGGAUUUUGGUCCAGAUGUUACCUCCUCUGACCGAAACAUUAAAGUCCUGCUGAAUUCCCAGGACAAGGUGUUCAGCGAAAUCCGCAAUGAGCACUUCUCCAACGUGUUCGGUCUCCUAAGUCAGAAGGCACGGAACCUGCAGGCCCAGUAUGAUCGACGACGGGGAAUGGAUAUUAAGCAGAUGAAGAACUUUGUCUCCCAAGAACUGAAGGGCCUGAAACAAGAACAUCGCUUACUGAGUCUCCAUAUUGGGGCUUGUGAGUCCAUCAUGAAGAAAAAAACCAGACAAGAUUUCCAGGAACUGUUGAAGACGGAACAUGCCCUUCUGGAAGGAUUUGAUAUCCGGGAGAGCAUCAGCUUCAUCGAAGAGCACAUUGACCGGCAGGUCACCCCUAUUGAGAGUCUGAGGAUAUUGUGCCUGUUGUCAAUCACGGAGAAUGGACUUUCCCCCAAGGACUACCGCUCCCUGAAAACCCAGUACCUGCAGAGUUAUGGACCAGAGCACCUGCUGACCUUCCAUAACCUGAAGCACUUGGGGCUCUUGACAGAGCAAGUGUCCGGUGAGACUCUGACGGCUAUGGAGAACAAAGUCAGCAAGCUGGUGACGGAUAAAGCAGCAGAGAAGCUCUCGGAUGCCUUCAGUUCACUGGCCAGGAAGAACAAUUUCCGAGCUAUAAGCAAGAAGCUGGGCCUGAUCCCACGUGGGAAUGGAGAAUACAACCUAAAAGUGCCCCGGGACAUGGCCUACGUGUUCAGUGGCGCCUAUGUGCCCCUCAGUUGCAAGAUAAUAGAACAGGUGCUGGAGCGGAGGGGCUGGCUGGGCCUGGAAGAGGUGGCGAGGCUGCUUGGGGGCCAUGAAUUUGUCACAGGCAUCUUCCAACUGAUCUGGAGGCAUGGAUUUAGGUACGUUCUCCUUGCAGCUGCAGAAGAGCCUCGACCUCCAACCUCCCAGCAAGUCAUCCUGGCAGUCUUCUUAGGAGGCUGCACCUUCUCUGAAGUUGCUGCUCUCCGCUUCCUUGGCAGAGAAAGAGGGCAGGGAAACCUUUUGUUCUCUGCAGGGUCACUUUCGGUUCUUGCCUCUCCACCAGGGCUCCGGUUCAUAAUCCUGACGACGGCCAUCACCAGCAGUGCUCGCCUGCUGGAAUCCACCAUAGAGAUGAGGAUGUGACCGCAUUGAAGGCAAACUAGAGGCAAAGAGAUGCUUGAAAAUACCUUGGUUGUUCUGCCCAGCCAGGGAGAGGCUGUGUUUCCACCAGCUGGAGAAUCACUGUCAUUUACCAUCUCCCAGGGAUAAGAAGAGCAUAGAGCACCUUUUCCCUUCUGGUCUUCCAUUGGGUGGGAGCUGCUGGGAUCUCUCUGUUGGAUUUUUUUUAUUAGUCCGAAGGUGACCCUUUGGAAACUGAAACUUUCCUUGGGAGCGGAAGUGUCUAGCAAGGCAGAGAAGUGUGCAGCAGUGAAAGAAAAUUAGAAUGUCUUUAGUGAAAGGAAGAAAGCCCAGGAUUUGAGACAGCUCUUCCUUCCUCACCCAGGAAAAAUGAAGAAAAAUCCUCCAUAGAUUGAAAAAACCCUACAUGGCCCACUGCCCCCCUCCCUCUCUUUUCAGCCUUCAGCUAUCUGGAAACUUCUGUAAUAAAUGGGUCCCUGUAUAAUGCACAUAAACAUCUUGCCAGAAGCCACAGGAAUAAGACAAAAUAAAAGAUUGAUGUAAUUGCUACUGA